AUGCAGGGGAUCGAUGGAUCACCUCCAGCUGCCGACGAUCACGAGGAGUGGGCUACUCCCCAGAAAGGAAGCAUCGGGUGGUCCCCCGUCGUCACUCCAGAACAGUGCCGGAGACCGCCGAUAUGGAGCUCGGCAGCGGCAGCAGUGGCGGCUUCAGCUGCAGCAGCUGCCGCUGGAACACCGCUGUCUGAUGCAAAAGUAAGGGAAGACAUGUGGAGGAGGUUGGUUCACCGACCUCUGCCUCCGGCCUUCUCCUCUCCUGCGCCGGAAAGUUCAGCCUCGACCUGGACUCAGGAUCCGGAUCCACCUUGCUUCCUAGAGGAAAGUCCUCACCAGGAGUCUCACCAGGAGAGGCGCAAAGGUGCGGACUGUGAUUCCAGACACGAAAGCGGUGGGGUCCAAGCCGAUGAGCCCUUGAGGAGACCAUUGUUCCACAGCCCUGCUACGCAAGGACUGUCGCAUCUGCAGAGCGGAACAACUGCUGCUGAGAAUGACUACUAUUCUUGCGCUCUGCGUGUGGAGGAACCCAUGAUCGGGGAUUUCAAGACAGUCAUCCAUAUGCUGAGACGCAAUGGCUUCCAGGAGGUUCAACAUGUUCUGAUGUCGAAAGAUGCAGAUGCGAGAGGGGUGCCAGGUGGCCAGUUGACAGAACUGAUAGCCGACGGGCACGGCCUGUGGACGACAUGUGCAGAGGUGCUGCUGGCUUACGAGAAUCGCGGACGGCGCUUGCAGCAGGCAUUGCUGGGCGAGCGGACCGAGGAGAGAUGUCGGCGUGAUGGUCGAGUUCACAGUCUGCUCCACGAAAAUUCCAAGUUACAGGAAGAACUGAAGGCGGCCAAAGAAAUGCACAGAGCAGGAACUUCAGGAAGCAGGAGCGGUGACACGAGCUUCGGAUCCUCUGUGCCUGCGCAAAGCACUUGGAGCCCCUCUGGCCCAUCUUCAAGGCCAUCUCCGCAGGCUUCGCGCGACCGGCAGCUGCAGGAGCUCACGGUUCGGGCCCAGAAAGCGGAGAUUGCAGCGCGGCAGCGUGAGCGGGAGCUGGAGAAACUCAAAUCCCGUCUGGAGCAGGCCCUAUCGGAGGCGGCCAAGCGCAAGGAGCGCGAGCGUUCAGCUCUGGUGCGCGUCUCGAAGAAGGCCGCUCGUGAAGAUCCUGUGGAGGCGCUCAUAGCUCACAAGGCAGCGUCGGAAGCUGCGCAGGCAGAAGCAUCGGCUCUCAGAAAGCAGGUCCACAUUCUCAGUUUUCAGUUGGAGGAGGCGGAAGAAAAGCUCCGACAGAUGCAGGCCGUCAAAGCUCGUGUGGUCGUGCGAAGGGUUGAGGAUGUUCCGGAGACAAGUACAGGGGAUGCUGAGGCGCUUGCCGAGGAAAGAGAUCGAAGAUUGCGAUUGGAGGAGCAGCUGAAAGAGAGCCAUCUACACUAUUCCGAGCAGAUCAGCCGGCUGUCUGCUUCUUGUCGACAAGCAGAGGAGCAAGUCGCGCAGCUGAAGACCGAACUUCAUGACAGGGCCAGGGAGUCGCGACCCGUGGACACCAGGCUGCAGCGAGAAGUGCUGAAGCUACGGGAGGAGCUGGCCGAGGUGCGCAAAGCUUGGAAGACGACAGACACGCGGAGUCUCAUUCAGCGUGACAAGGAGCUGCGGCGCCUUGGCUUAGAUGCAGCGGCCUUGGAGGAUCAGCUGGCCAAGCCGGAUCUGUGCGCGUUGCUGGUGGAGUUGUGCAGGCUCGUGCGUGUGCCCAGCGUGGCCGAAGUGGUGCCGGAGGUGGGUCGGCUGAUUCAACACUGCAGGUCGUUGGAAGAUGCCGCAGCGAAUGCGCGGACGCAGACAUGUCUAGAGCUGGCUGAGGGGACUUUGGAAGCGCUGAAGGAGCACUGCGGCCCGGUCAAGCUUCACAAGGCACUUCACAGGCUGCGGAGUGUUUUGGCAUCAGCGAAGAGGCAGCAGGCAUCAUCGCAGGAGCUUGCCCUAAGCCUGCAGCUUCCAGGUGAUGCCUCAAUCGAGCAGUUGCUGGGCAAGGUUCGAGGGAUCUCAAAGGCGCAAGAGGACUCGAUGCAGGCCCUGCGUGGGAUGGCUCACGUGCUAGAGCUUCCCGAAGGAGGUAGCUCGACCACGGAGCUGACAGAGAAGCUCGUGGCUGUGGUUGAAGCGCACCGUGCGAACGAGAAGGCUUGCAACGACAUUGCUCAUAGUUUAUGCUUGCCAUAUGGUUGCCCAGCCAGCCGAGUUCUAGAGGGUGUUGGUGCUCUCCAAAGGUCGCAAGAGGACUCGAUGCAGGCCCUGCGUGGGAUGGCUAACGUGCUAGAGCUUCCCGAAGGAGGUAGCUCGACCACGGAGCUGACAGAGAAGCUCGUGGCUGUGGUUGAAGCGCACCGUGCGAACGAGAAGGCGUGGGGAGACGUCUUCCCGGCUUUGAAGCUGCCACCAAGCACGUCUCCGGCCCAGGCGGUGGAGCGAGUUCAUGAACUUAUCGUUAAGCAACGAAGCAACGACGAGGUUUGGAGCGAAGUUGCACUCGGCCUGCAGCUUGCUGAUGCUGACAGAACGUCCAUCAGUCAAUGUCUGGAGAAGAUUACGGAGAUGGUGGAGACAAAUUCUGCACAGGUGGCUUUGCUGAACUCGUUGUCGUCCACCAUGCGAUGUUCCAAAGUUGAACUGCAUUCAUGUGCCGAGACGCUGGUCCAAAGUUGUGACGAACACGUUGCCGCUUACCGCAUUGUGGCGGCUCUCCAGGGUUUGCUGAAAGUCGACAGCAUUGCAGAGGUGUUGCCGGCAUUAAAGGAAGUCUUGGACAUCGGAAGCCUCCGGCUCAAGGUCUUGGCUGGUGCUGGUUAUGUCGUCACCAACUCUAUUUACACAGUCGACGCCGGCCACAUGUCCAUCAAGUACAGCAAAUUCUUCGGCAUCGGAAACCAGACCUUCAAGGAAGGCGUUCACUUCAUGAUGCCCUACUUCGAGCGGGCCAUCAUAUUCGACGUGCGAGCUAGACCACACAUGGUGACCUCAAACACAGGAACGCGAGACUUGCAAACGGUCAACCUAACGCUCAGGGCGCUCUGCAAGCCAGACUCAGAGAAGCUCCCAGAGAUCUACAGGAACCUAGGCUUGGACUUCGAUGACAAAGUGAUGCCUUCUAUUGCCAACGAGGUGUUGAAGAGCGUAGUGGCACAGUACAAUGCCUCGCAGCUGAUCACGCAGCGAGAGAUGGUUAGCCGAAUGAUCAGACAGCGACUCAUCCAAAGAGCCAUGGACUUUGGCAUACUCCUCGACGACGUUGCCAUCACUCAUCUGAACUUCAGCCCUGAAUACGAAAAGGCAGGACCAAACACGACAAGAAGUCUUCGGCUUGCACAGAAAGCCGCAGGUGACUCACAGGAUGUCACCUGA